AUGGAAGAUUCAUCAUCAGAGGUAUUGGAUGAACACAGCACAUAUGAUGACGUUCGACUCACAGCCGAUCAAGAGAAAUUCUUGGCCAUUCUACCGAUACCGAGUGCUUUGCUCAGUGUCUUUGGAUCUUCUGUCAUCAUCAUGAUGGUCGUUCAAUCUUACAAAAAGAAAAAGUGGACUCCUUACACGCGGCUCUUGGUUCUAAUGAGUUUGUUUGAUAUUCAAGGAAGCCUCACCUUUGCCGCUGGCACUUUCUUACGGCCUCGUGAGACGUCCACCAAACUAUGGGCGCUUGGAGAUGAUGCCACUUGUGUCACAAUAGGUUUUCUCCAUACGAUUGGGUUUUCCUCCUUUUUCUUUCAAGGCAUGCUUUCGUGUUACUUUGUUUUGAGGACAAAGUUUGGAUUCACGGACGACCGUAUAGCAAAACAAGUGGAACCCAUCAUGCACGUCAUUGCCAUUGGGUAUCCACUGUUAAGUGCGAUCAUGGGGGUAUCGCUAAACUUGUUUGGUGAACUUGGGUCUGGACUUGGUUGCUGGGUAACGGACUAUGGAGCAUAUUCGUGGUUCGUGUAUGCGAUACCCACCUUUUGCGCGAUUCUCUGUCUCACGGGCAAUUCCAUUGUGCUCUUUCGAUUCAUUUGGGAACACACGCGGAGAUUGACGACGAGUGGAAGUCUGCUGACGGAUUCCACCCGCACCUGUGGCAAGUCGGACAGGUUCAAGGUUUCGGAACGUACUGGGAGCACGCAGAAAAAUGCCAGUCAAUUCAUGAGUACCUCCGAGAAUCAGCAAUUGGAUUCUAUUAGUGAUGACGACGACGAGGAUGAGGAAGAUUCCUUUCGCGACGUGGACAAGUACGAAAAUACAGAAGUAACGAGACAGAGACGGAGAAUGAAACUCCUUGGAUCACAAGCACUCUUGUUUGUGAUUUCGUAUUUCAUAUGCAACCUUUGGACGGGCAUCAUGCUGUUGCAAGAGUCACAAGCCCACACGGACGAAGAAAAGCACGCCAUGAUGGUCAAGUACUAUUCCAUUGCGAUGUUGCAAGCUUUCUUUCACCCGCUUCAGGGAUUUUGCAAUAUGAUGGUCUAUGUCCGACCCAAAUACUUGACCUUUCGGUAUGGAUUGCCGGACGAAAGUCGGUUUUCCGUGGCCAAAUUGGCCGUCUUUGGAGAAGAUGCGGAAAAUCGCAAUGAUGAUACGCCUUCACCAUCUCGUCAAACAGCUCGAAGAAAAAUCGAAGCACCUACUACAAUGAUGGUCAACACCAACAAGGAAUCUUCGCCAAGACGAAACAACAAGCGCGAGCUAUCCGAUACGGAGGUGACAGGAGGUGGUCAUAACAAGGGUAGCACUAGUAUCCCAUCCUCGGCUAAUCCGCUUCCAAGGAAUAUGAUCUCAUCCCUGACUCUUGAGGAUCUGGAAGCUGUAGGAGAAGAAAAGGAUUCUAGAUGGGGAAAGAAAGAUGCUGAAAUUAUGGAUACCAAACCACGACGAUCCGAUACUCGAUUUCAAUCCAGCUUGCGAUCAUCGUUUCAAUUGGAAGUCAUCAGUGAAUUGUCCGUAUCCAUCUUUGAAUCAGUCGGAGCUCCAGAUGAGACGGAUGGUGAUGAUUUGGAAGCCAUUGUGGAACCGGCCAGUCCCAACCGACCACAGGAAUGUCGAUGGGGAACAAACACCACAGGCAGACGACUCUCCGAUGUGUCACCCACACUGGCCAUGGGAUUGGACAUGUCGGACCGAACACAACAAGCGUCCAAUCGAUUCGAGGCACAACAGCGCCGGGGUUCCAUUGAUGCUCCAGUACUGGCACCCUCCCGCAAUUGGAGUGAGCAGGAACUACCUUCCGACAGCGAUGAUGUGUCAACGAUCUCAUCCUUUGAAAGGCCCGUGGAAUUGGACAUGUCCGUUCGAACCACGCAAGCGUCCAAUCGAUUUGAGGCACAACGCAGGAAUUCCCUUGAUGCUCCAGUCUUGGCACCCGCCCGCAAGAGGAGCGAGCUGGAACUGCCUUCCGACAGCGAUGAUGUGUCCAUGGUGUCCGAUGAUAAUCGAUCGGUCGACAUCCCCAUUCGACCACCCACGCGGAGACUGAGUCCAACUCCGGCCGUAUCCUGUUGA